AUGGACGACCUAGUCACCGACGUGCCUUAUGCAGUGGAAGAUUUACUUAACGUGGAGUGUACGGUUUCCGAGCUGGAUAAGAUUCCUUUUUCCGACGUCCCUAUCGCCAUAACGCAGAUCAUUGAGAACUUGCUAGAUACACUUCUGGUCAAUGUGGGUCAAACCGAAAUGGUUCGAAUGCGACUCGACUCUAAUUGUUUGAACCGACCAAUUUGGACGCCACCGAUACAACGUUCCCAGCUUACCGUAAAGCGCUGGAUGGCCGAAGUAGCCCGUGUACUUAAUUCCUACGAGCAGUUUGUAAUCGAUGAGUCCUUUGAGAUAUCCUUGCAAUAUACCGAUAUUCCGAAAGGAACGUGUGUACGUGAAGUGCCCGCCCUCCUGCAACGGAGACUAGAAAAGAUGAAAUCGGUCGUGCUCAUUAAGAAUUCGGAUCAAAUUUGCUUGGCACGCGCACUGGUUAUCGGGAAAGCUCAUGCCGAUGGAAACAACAACCUUUACCGCAAGUUAAUGCGUGGGAAAAAACUGCAGACAAGAGAAGCGCAAUGCCUUGUUCAUCGAGCUGGAUUUGUUGAACAAGAAUUCAAUUUACGGCACGUCCACAAAUUUCAAGAGAUCCUGCAUAAAUACCAAAUCAUUGUUGUUAGUGUCGACCAUGCAAACCUUAUAGUUUUCAACGGACCGGUCCAGGAGAAAAAGAUCAUUCUGUUACAUCAUGACCGCCAUUUUGAUUUACUGAACUCACUCCCGGCAUUCUUUAAAAAAAAAUAUUGGUGCUAUUCCUGCAACAAAGGAUACUCUGAUCGAAGAGACCAUCGUUGCUCCAGCAUCUGCAAAGCUUGCCUUCUGUCAUCCUGCACGUCUAGCACGGCUGCCAUGGUGCACUGUGAAGAGUGUAACCGAGACUUUUUCGGACAAGAAUGUUACGCACAACAUAAAAAAGCCGGCACCAGAGACAAACCAACCAGAAAAAGCAUCUGCAGCACUGUAUUUUUCUGUAAACAAUGUUUGCGAAUAGUUUCCCUCAAAGGACGAAGGAACGGUAAUAUUCAUCAAUGUGGAGAAGUGUUCUGCAAAACCUGUCAGAAACAUGAAUUGCCUCAAGUACAUCGGUGCUACAUGAAGCCUCAUAACGUUAAUCUUGAAGAACUAGAACUCAAUUCAAACGCCGAAUUUCUGUAUUUUGAUUUCGAAACAUAUGUGGAAGGAAACGGAAUUUUGGUGCCCAACCUAGCAGUUGUUCAAGAUGAUAACGGAAAUGAAUGGGUGUUUCCCAGCGAAGAAGAACCUUUGAACGGAGAUAUUACCAAUCAAUUAUGUACGUUCCUUUUCAGUGAAGAUCAUCGCGACCAUUACAUCAUCGCACACAAUUUCAAAAACGGAAUCGUACCAAAGGUCAUUUUGAACGGUGGCAAAAUUCUGCAACUGGAUGUGCCGCAAUUGAACAUUCGGUUUCGAGAUAGUAUCAACUACAACCCACAAAGCCUUGCAAAAUGGCCAGCGACAUUCGGUUUGCCAGAAAUCAGUAAGGGAACCUUUCCGCACCGGUUUAACCGAAAAGAAAACUGGAAUUGCAUCGUUCCAUUUCCCUCAAUGGAUGAGUACGGUUACAAUGCUAUGAAUGCCAAAUCUAAAGAUUCAUUUCAACGCUGGUAUGAAAAAGAGAGGCUUGAAAAAAAUAAUCUUUUUGAUUUUCGUAAAGAGUUUGUGGACUACUGCAAGAUGGACGUCACGGUUUUACGACUCUGUUGCCAGCAAUUUCGAAAGCUAUUUCAAGAGAUUAGUCAAGGAUUAUGUCCGUUUGUCUCCUCGUUAACUAUCGCGGGAUUGUGUAACCGGUAUUGGAGAUCGUUUAUGUUGAAACCAGAACAAAUUGCACUAUUACCGCAUGGACUUAAUGCAAGGAAUCGGCAUCAAUCCGUGAAGGCUAAGAAAUGGCUUUCUUGGAUGGAAGAGGAUGGCAACUGUACAAUUCAAUCUGCCAUCAAUGGUUCCGAACACCGCGUCGGACCCUACUUUGUCGAUGGAUACAGAAAUGACAUCAACAUGGUCUAUGAAUUCUACGGAUGCACAUUUCAUGGCUGCCCGAAAUGUGUAGCGCCUAAAACUGUCCAUCCGUUUCGCAAUCUUCCAAUGACCGAUGUCUACCAAGAAACCCUUGAUCGCGAAAAUUACAUUCGUACACAGGGUUACGGGCUCACCUCUAUUUGGGAGCAUGAGUACGACGAAGAACUCAAAACAAAUCCAGAAAUGAAGGCCUAUAUUACGCGGCAGCAUUUUACCGAACGCCUAAACCCACGGGAUGCUUUCUAUGGAGGGAGAACAAACGCCGUGAAACUUUUUCAUGAAGUGUCCGAGGAUGAAAAAAUCUGCUAUUUUGACGUCAACAGCGAGUAUCCCUUCGUUAACAAAAAACAGACGAUUUUACCCCCUGGUGAUCUGCAGCUUCCGGUGUUACCGUAUCGAUGCGGAGGAAAGUUGACUUUUCCUUUAUGCCGAACAUGUAUGGAAAAGCAUCAAAAUAGCAGAUGCGAGCACGCGGACUGCGAUCGUACUAUCACCGGCACGUGGUGCACACCAGAAAUCAUCAAAGCCUUGGAUAAGGGCUACACAGUUGUGAGAAUUUUUGAAGUGUGGCAUUUCGACAAGUACGAAGACCGGUUGUUUGAGGAAUAUAUCAACCGGUUCCUUAAACUCAAGACCGAGGCUAGCGGUUGGCCGACCGAGAUUCAGAGCGAGAGGGAGAAGCAGAAAUACAUAACCGAUUUCAAAAAUCAUGAAAACGUGGAUCUGGAGUACAACAAAAUCAAUCCUAAUCCCGGUUUGAGAGCUUUAGCGAAGCUGUGUUUGAACAGCUUUUGGGGUCGGCUUGGAAUGCAGGACAACAAAUUGAAUACAAUGUACAUCAGCGAGCCAGAAAAAUUUUAUGACAUGUUGCUCUCUGGGAAAUAUCACGUUCACUCCUGGGACCUUUUUAACGAUGACGUUGUGCAGAUCACCUACACUACCGAAAGCAAUUUUGUGGAUCGGAAUCCGAACACCAAUGUGAUUCUUGCAGCGUUUACAACAUGCUGGGCUCGCCUUCACUUGCUGAACUUCAUGGAAAUGGUGGAAGGUCGUUUGUUAUAUUUCGAUACAGAUUCCAUAUUUUUUGUAAGCCGACCGGGUUUUGCGGAUCCACCGACGGGUAUGUUUCUUGGCGACCUUACCAAUGAAUUGAAACCGGGCCAGCAUAUUGUACAGUUCGUUAGCUUGGGAGCAAAAACUUAUUCCUACGUCACCAAUGAUGGAGACAGUGUUGUGAAAGUUAAAGGAUUCACGAUAAACAAGCGAACGAGUGAACAGAUCAACUUUAAGACUAUGUUGGACAUGUUGUCGAACCGAAAAAUUGUUACUGUGGAUUAUCCUGAUGUUCUGCAGCGUAACAAAGCUAGUAUGACAAUCCGAAAUGUGAACAUGGUAAAGAGAUUUCAAGUGACGUAUGAUAAACGUCGCAUUUUUGAUAGUGAGUACAAUACUGUUCCAUACGGAUAUAUUCUAGGUUAA